CGUCUAGCUCGUCCAGUACAGUCGUAGUCGUAGCCAUCAAUCCAACAUGAAAUUCCUUAUUGUGUUCGCUCUGUUCGCCUGCGCGGCUGCCGAUGUCAGCCACCUGGCACCCAGCAACGAUUAUCUGCCACCUGUGCAGACGUACUCGAGCGGUAGUGGCCUCUCGACUGGCGGCGGCUUCUUGACCGGCAACUUAGGGGGUGGCAGCGCCUACUCGACUGGCGGCGGCUUCUCGACUGGCGGCAGCUACUCGACUGGCGGCGUCAGUACCUCAUACGUGCCUCCUGCUGUCAACUACAAUGCACCCAGCAACGAGUACCUGCCCCCAGCUGUCCAGCAGACCUACUCCGCCCCUGCCUACCAGCAGACCUACUCCGCCCCUGCCUACCAGCAGACCUACUCCGCCCCCGCUUACCAGCAGACCUACUCUGCCCCAGCUGUUCAGCAGACCUACUCUGCCCCAGCUGUCCAGCAGACCUACUCUGUCCCAGCUGUCCAGCAGACCUACUCCGCCCCCGCUUACCAGCAGACCUACUCUGCCCCAGCUUAUCAGCAGACCUACUCCGCCCCAGCUGUCCAGCAGACCUACUCCGCCCCCGCCUACCAGCAGACCUACAGCACUGGAUCAUCCGCUGGCAGCUACUCGGUUGGCGAUGUUGGCACCCAGUACGCCUCCAACGGCGGCUAUGUCUACAAGAAGAAGUAAGACGCUGCAAACUGUUCACCAUACCGAAUCAGCAGUAAUGUAAA